GAUUAUAGGCCUGAGACACCGUGCCCGGCCUAAAUACUUAAUGACACUUAUUUUAUGACUCAGCAUCUGGUUUAUUUUGAUGACCUUUACAUGUGCAGUUGUUAGUGAAGAGUCUGUCUCCUGCCAAAAUCCUAUGUGUUAGCUCUUGAACUUCACCAGCAGCAACCCUGGCAGGCCACACAGGGGAAAGUUGGCCUCCCCACAACUGACUUAGUGCACAUCCAGUGCAUUGUAGUCUCCAAAAGGAGUUGCAGUCCAGGACUCAGGCCUCCCACACCAGCCAUGCUUUUAUGUAUAUUUACAUUCCUAGCCCAGGUACCUCCAUUGGGAGGCCUCUUCAUCAGACACCUCUGCCAAGACAUCCUUAUUUAGGAAGGUGGAGGGAAUACCUUGAAGACAAUUCUUCUCUACUCUGACUUACUAUUCAGUAGUUUUCUACUCCUAGCCCUUCCCUCAUCUUCCUGUCUCCUGCUCCCAAUCCAUAAAAUAACAGGAGCCUUUUGUUCUGUGUUCCCUCAGCAGUGAGGUGAUUUCCCACGUCUGCACUGAUCCACCUGACGUUGUGCUGUUCUAUGCGGGGAAGCGAAACAGUGGAGGACUCAGCGCUUUCUCUAGAUAGGAACCCAGAAGAAGACUGAUCAUUUCUUGCAGCUCUAAACAUCAUGGCUCAGAGAUCAGUGAUGUUCAGGGAUGUUGCUAUUGACUUCUCUCAGGAAGAGUGGGAAUGUCUGGACUCUGUUCAAAGGGAUUUAUAUAGAGAUGUGAUGUUGGAGAACUACAGCAACUUGGUAUCACUAGACUUUCCUUUAUGUUGUGCAAGUAAGGACUUAUCUCCAAAAAAGGAUCCUUAUGAAACAGAAUUAUCCCAAUGGGAAAUGAGUGAAAGACUUGAAAACUGUAAUCGUGAAGAGUCCAGUUUCAGAGAUUAUUUAGAAGUUAAAGGCAAGGUGCAGAAGCAACAAGAAAAUCAGAAGGAAUAUUUGAGGCAACGGAUGAUCACAUAUGACAAAAUGUCCAUAUUCAACCAACAUACUUAUUUAUCUCAAAAUCUGAGAUGUCAUUCUACUGAGAAACCCUAUAAAUGUAAGGAAUGUGGGAAAGCUUUCAGACGAGCCUCACACCUAACUCAACAUCAGAGUAUUCAUACUGGUGAAAAACCCUAUGAAUGUAAGCAAUGUGGGAAGGCCUUUAGUCGUGAUUCACAACUCAGUCUUCAUCAGAGACUUCAUACUGGUGAGAAACCCUAUGCAUGCAAGGAAUGUGGGAGGGCCUUUACUCAAAGUUCACAACUUAUUUUACAUCAUAGAAUUCAUACUGGUGAAAAACCAUAUAAGUGUGAAGAAUGUGGGAAGGCCUUUAUUCGCAGCUCACAACUGACCCGGCAUCAAAAAGUCCAUACUGGUGAGAAACCUUAUGAAUGUAAAGAAUGUGGAAAGGCCUUUACUCAGAACUCACAGCUUACUUUGCACCAGAGACUUCACACAGGUGAGAAGCUCUAUGAAUGUAAAGAAUGUAGAAAGGUCUUUACACAGCUUUCACAACUUGUUCUCCACAAGAGAAUUCAUACUGGUGAGAAACCCUAUGAAUGUAAGGAGUGUGGGAAAGCUUUUAUUUGUGGCUCACAGCUUUCUCAACAUCAGAAAAUUCAUAACGGGGAAAAACCAUAUGAAUGUAAAGAAUGUGGAAAGGCCUUUAUUCGGGGCUCACUACUUAUGCAACAUCAGAGGAUUCAUACUGGUGAAAAACCAUAUAAAUGUGAAGAAUGUGGGAAGGCUUUUAUCCGUGGUUCACAACUUACUCAACACCAGAGAAUUCAUACCAAUGAAAAGCCCUAUGAAUGUAAAGAAUGUGGAAAGACCUUUAGUCAUGGUUCACAACUUACUCAACAUCAGAGAAUUCAUACUGGUGAGAAACCCUAUCAAUGUAAGGAAUGUGGAAAGGCCUUUAAUCGUGGCUCACUCCUUACUCGACAUCAGAGGAUUCAUACUGGUGAGAAACCUUAUGAAUGUAAAGAAUGUGGAAAAACUUUUAGUCGUGGCUCAGAACUUACUCAACAUGAGAGAAUUCACACUGGGGAGAAACCCUAUGAAUGUAAGGAAUGUGGGAAAUCUUUUAUUCGUGGCUCACAACUUACUCAACAUCAAAGAAUUCAUACUGGUGAGAAGCCUUAUGAAUGUAAAGAAUGUAGAAUGGCCUUUACUCAGAGUUCACAUCUUUCUCAACAUCAGAGACUUCACACUGGUGAGAAGCCUUAUGUAUGUAAUGAAUGUGGGAAGGCCUUUGCUCGCGGUUUACUACUUAUACAACAUCAGAGAAUUCAUACUGGUGAGAAACCAUUUCAGUGUAAGGACUGUGGGAAGGCCUUUAUUCGUGGUUCACAACUGACACAACAUCAACGAAUUCACACUGGAGAAAAACCCUAUGAAUGCAAAGAGUGUGGAAAGGCCUUUAGUCAUGGUUCUCAACUUACUCUACAUCAGAGAAUCCAUACUGGUGAGAAGCCUUAUGAAUGCAAACACUGUAGGAAGGCCUUUACUCAGAGCUCACAUCUUUCUCGACAUCAGAGAAUUCAUACUGGUGAAAAACCAUAUCAAUGUAAGGAAUGUGGGAAGGCCUUUACUCGUGGUUCACAACUAAUGCAACAUCAGAGAAUUCAUAUCAGUGAGAAAUCGUUUGAAUAUAAGGAAUGUGGGAUAGACUUUAGUCGUGGCUCACAAGUUUAUAUGUGAAGGAUAUGAUUCUUUGGGAUCACUAUAGAGAGCAUUCUCUAGUCGCUCAUCCCUUAUCAACAAAGAAUUAUCACGAAUGUAAACAUAGGAGCACAUUUGGCUCAUACAGGUCAGCAUCAGAGAAUUUAUAUGGGAAAAAGAGAAUGUUAAUGUAAUCCAUGUAGAAAAGCCUAUCAUUAUUGGAAAGCUAUUAAACUUUAUCAAAUUAGAGAAUAAUUUUGUUAAUAUAGUAAAUGUAGGAAGGCUGUUAACUAUAGCAAUUGUCUUUUUCAACACUCUCUUGUCUCUACCAUUUGAUUUUCAUUCUUAUAUGUAUCAUAAUUCUCUUCUUUGGUUAAAUCAUUCAUAAGAUAAACCUAAGAAUAAUACCUUUGUUAUUUCACUCUUGGAAGUAUUUUGUAAGUUAUCACAUGUAAGAGCUCUAAAAGCAGUGCCUUGGACAUAACACAAAUACUAGACACCAUUUCCACUAGUGUUAUUUUAGAGAAUUUGCAUGAGAGAAGAGCACUUAUGAGUAUAAAAAAUGUCGAGAAAUCUUUUAUUAACAAUUACCCCAGAUGAUUUGGAUAGGGGGUGCGGUAUGCUGUAAUGAAUGUGAGAAAGCUGUUAUUGAAAUCUCAACCCUUAUGCUAAAAGAGCAAAUUCAUACUGUAAAGAAACCUUGUGGAUUUCAUCAAUGGAUUAUUGAGCACAGCCAUUAGAGAAUUUGGGACAGGUAUUAUGUGAUUGUCACAAAGUCCAAGAUCCAAAGCCUAAUCAAUCUAGUGGGAAAUUUUUUAAAACUUGAAUGUACUGCUUUUUAAAUAAACAGAAAAUAAAAACUGGCAUUACAGACUAUUUUGCAAUGGAAAAUGAAAGUUUGUGUCAGAGACCUUUUUCCUUAAGCAAUGUCUGUAUUACCUUCCUUAGUAACAAAAUUCUGGACUGAAAAACUAUCUCAGCCUUCCUUGCAGGUCAGCAAGGUAGAAGUGGUAUUUGUAUUGAGUAGGACAUUUAAGAAAUCCAUUUUUCCUAUCUGCCUUUCUUUUUCCCAUACCUACAAUGUAGACAUAUAAGGUGAAGCUCUGAUACUGUCAUAGAGACUUUGAGGAUGGUAUAUGGGUGUUACAGAUUGUGGAACAACCAUACUGGUUCUGGUCUGCUUGCCUCCUGUAUUCAUGUGAAAUUAAACAUCUUAUUUGUUGAUCCUA